UAUUGUUUGCAUUAAAAAACCGUAGUUAAUAAGGCCACGCAAUUUCUUUAAUAAUUUCUUGAUGUAAGCCUACAAUUUAACUGUUUUCGCUUUAAACAACAUUAAAUACUAUUUGAUCCAAUUUCAUAUAAUUUGCCAAAUGUUAAUAUUUUUGAAUUGCAUCCAAUCGUCGUAAUUAUUUCUUCAAAGAAUUUUUAAUUCUGGCAGCGCUUUAUAGUAAAUCGUGGUGCCUAUAGAGUAGUUCUUCAAAGUAACAAAAUCCGCUGAAAUGGUUAAUAAUCCUGUCAAUAAUGAUGCAGGGAGCACAGACAACAAAAAAACCUUUCCUCGCCUUUACAACAAAAUUGUCUUAACGUUGGAAAACAGUUUAAUACCAGAAGCUAAACUCGAGCAGACGCCGUCACGUAUAGAUGGCUUAGAUGCGGAAACUGAGAAGGAUCUACGUAUAUUAGGAUGUGAGCUAAUACAAACAGCUGGUAUAUUGCUGAAGCUGCCACAAGUUGCUAUGGCCACAGGACAAGUUAUCUUUCAGCGAUUCUUUUAUUCAAAAAGUUUUGUGCGGCACAAUUAUGAAACGGUCGCCAUGAGCUGUGUAUGCUUGGCAUCGAAGAUAGAGGAAGCUUUGCGAAGGAUUAGAGAUGUAAUUAAUGUAUUCCAUCACAUCAAACAAGUUCGCGGACAAAAAGAAAUUUCACCAAUGAUUUUAGAUCAAUAUUAUACAAAUCUAAAAACUCAAGUUAUCAAGGCUGAGCGUCGUGUUUUAAAAGAGUUGGGAUUUUGUGUGCACGUUAAACAUCCUCACAAGCUGAUAGUAAUGUAUCUGCAAGUUUUGAAAUAUGAGAAGCAUGAGCAAUUAAUGCAAAUGUCCUGGAAUUUUAUGAACGAUUCUUUGCGUACCGAUGUGUUCAUGCGCUAUAAUCCAGAAACAAUUGCUUGUGCCUGUAUUUACUUAAGUGCUCGCAAGUUAUCUAUCCCUUUGCCAUCAUACCCAUACCCUUGGUUUGGUGUAUUUCAGGUAACAGAAGAUGAUAUAAUUGAUAUAUGCUAUCGGGUAACGGAAUUGUACACACGUGGUAAACCGAAUGUAGAAAAGCUUGAAGCGGCGGUAGAAGAAUUGAAGAAGCAAUAUAUGGAUUCGCGUACUAAAACUAAGGAACAAAAUACUCCACCUGCUGUUACCACGGUAGAUCGCAAUAACGGUUCUCAUAAUGCAUGGGGAGGCUUCAUACAGCGAACGAUCCCUUUACCAUUGCCUAACGAAAAAUCUUCGGAUAAAGACUCUAGAUCUCGGUCGCGAUCGAGAUCACAUACUCGCGAUUCGAGAAGAACACCACAUUCGCGGUCGCGUUCACAUACUCGUUCACGAUCCCAUACGCGAUCUAGAUCUCGUUCAGGCUCACCUACUCGUUACAAGAAGCCCAAUCGUGAUCGUGAAAGGUCGAGAACUCGUUCACCUCAACCGCCAAAACCGAAGAAAAAAUCCCGCCAUUAUUCGCGCUCACCAUCCAGUUCACCACAUACUAAACAUCGCAAGCGCAAACCAUCUCGUGAACGCAACAGCGAGAAAUACCACGAAAGACGUGACAAAUAUCAGGAGCGUGAAAAACGGCCAGCUCCUAUGCAUCAUCAUCACCAUCAUUCGACAUCGUCUUCAUCGUCAAACAAACAUCACCGUAUUUACACAACGUCGCAUAGAGGAUCACAUAGAGAUUCCUCACGCGACUCUAGAAAUCGCAAACGUUAAUUUAAUUA